AUGUCUCGUAUACUCUUUCGUAAUAUUGCAUUUCUAUUCGCACUCGGCAGUGGCGCUUUGGCCUCAAUUGGGCCCGUCACUGACCUAGUCAUCGCAAACAAGGACAUUUCGCCCGAUGGCUCGAUUCGCCCCGCUGUCCUGGCCGGUGGCACCUUCCCUGGCCCUCUCAUCAAGGGAAACAAGGGAGAUAACUUCCGUAUUAACGUCAUCGACAAGCUUGAGAACGAGACCAUGCUGACUGCGACCAGUAUCCAUUGGCACGGUCUAUUCCAGCACACGACUAAUUGGGCGGACGGAAGCGCGUCCGUGACGCAGUGUCCCAUCACGAAGGACCAUUCGUUCCUGUACAACUUCCACGUUCCGGACCAAGCAGGGACGUUCUGGUAUCACAGCCACCUCAUGACACAGUACUGCGAUGGCCUUCGCGGGCCAUUGGUGGUGUACGAUCCUCAUGAUCCCCACAAGCACCUGUACGACGUCGACAAUGAGGACACCGUCAUCACUCUGGCUGAUUGGUACCAUCAAGCUGCUGUUACCGUACAGACGACGAAACCGACCCCGGAUUCCACCCUCAUCAAUGGGUUGGGUCGCUACAUCGGGAGCCCGACCUCUGAGCUUGCUGUCAUAACCGUGGAGCACGGAAAGCGGUACCGUUUCCGGCUGGUGAACAUCGCAUGCGACCCCUACUACAACUUUACCAUCGAUAACCACUCCUUUUCGGUCAUCGAAGCAGAUGGGGAGAACACGCAGCCCCUUAGUGUUGAUUCCUUGGUCAUCUACGCCGGCCAGCGUUAUUCCAUUGUCGUAUGUCUCUCACCGUCGGGAACUAUUGGGUUCGCGCCGUGCCAGACGGAGCCCAACACCACCCAAACGCCCAGCCAGCAUCCUCUCGCGGAGACGGACCUUCAUCCUCUGACCGACCCCGCUGCUCCUGGGAAACCUUACCCGGGUGGUGUCGACUAUGCACGCAACUUGCACCUGAACUUCGAAGCUCCCAGCUUCACGAUCAACAAUGUCCCAUUCAUCCCUCCUCAACUCCCAGUCCUCCUCCAGAUCUUGAGUGGCAAUAAGUCGGCCCAAUCCCUGCUACCCAAUGGGAGCGUGUACUCUCUGCCACCACACUCCUCUAUCGAGCUUUCCUUCACCAACGGUCCACUGCUCGUCGGUGACCCGCAUCCUUUCCACCUACACGGCCAUUCCUUCUCCGUCAUUCGCAGUGCUGGCAGUGACUCCUACAACUACGCGAACCCCGUCCGCCGCGACGUCGUGAGCACUGGGGGGCCCGGCGACAACGUCACCAUCCGCUUCGAGACCGAUAACCCAGGUCCUUGGUUCCUGCACUGCCAUAUCGACUGGCAUCUGCAGGCCGGCUUCGCCAUCGUCUUCGCCGAGGAUACCGAUGAUGUUCCUGCAGUCAAUCCGGUCCCCGAGGCCUGGCGGGAGCUCUGCCCGAUUUUCUACGCUGGGAAUGAAACCCACUACUAA